GCCACCCUCUACCCCGGCUAAUAGUGCUGCGUGAGUGCGUGCUCCUGAGCUCGCUCGGCACACGUUCUAUAAAAAAAAUUAAAAAAAUAAAAAAAAACCUCAAAACAUAAAAAAACAAAAAAUCUUUUUUUCUUUUUGUAACAACGGUGAAGCUGGAGUAACGUCGGACAUUCCACGAGAGGACGGGAACGCGUACAGGGGGCUACGGCAUUUUUUUUUCUCCUUCAGUCGACGUGUUACUGGUUCAGAACCGAAGCUAAGUACCGUUCCUUUUUAUCGUUGUGUGUCACGCUCGGUUGACCGUGUUAACCCCACUGGAAGUCGACGUUUUGUCAUUUUAGCUUAUUUAUUUUCUACAAUUUUACUCGUAACGCUCCCAACUGACGAGCCGAACGGUACGCUAACGUUCGCCAUCGCCGCACUCUGCCCCCCCCCCCCUAACUGGCGUGACGCUGCCGCCCGCGAGUGCACCGACGAUUCGCAACCGUCGCCGAAAACUUUUUUUUGUUUCAAUUCGGAAAAAAAUAGCCCGCCGACUUCUUAACUAGCCCUCCGCAGACGAAAAAAAAAUGAAUCCCAGCGCUCCCAGUUACCCCAUGGCUUCCCUGUACGUCGGGGAUCUGCAUCAAGAUGUGACCGAGGCCAUGCUGUACGAGAAAUUCAGCCCGGCCGGAGCCAUCCUGUCGAUUCGGGUGUGCAGGGACAUGAUCACCCGGCGUUCGCUUGGGUACGCUUAUGUCAACUUUCAACAGCCGGCGGACGCUGAGCGUGCUCUGGACACCAUGAACUUCGAUGUGAUCAAGGGGCGGCCUGUGCGCAUCAUGUGGUCGCAGCGUGAUCCAUCCCUGAGAAAGAGUGGCGUGGGGAACAUCUUCAUUAAGAAUCUUGACAAGUCCAUCGACAACAAGGCCCUGUACGACACCUUCUCUGCCUUUGGCAACAUCCUGUCGUGCAAGGUGGUUUGUGACGAGAAUGGCUCUAAAGGCUACGGCUUUGUGCAUUUUGAGACUCAGGAGGCCGCCGAACGAGCCAUUGAGAAAAUGAAUGGCAUGCUACUCAAUGACCGCAAAGUAUUUGUGGGUCGCUUCAAAUCUCGCAAAGAGCGCGAGGCUGAGCUGGGUGCCCGAGCCAAAGAGUUCACAAACGUCUAUGUCAAAAACUUUGGUGAAGACAUGGAUGAAGAGAAGCUGAGGGAUGUCUUCAGUAAAUAUGGAAACGCGAUGAGUAUACGAGUCAUGUCCGAUGACGGCGGGAAGUCACGAGGUUUCGGGUUUGUGAGCUUUGAAAGGCAUGAGGACGCCCAGAAGGCGGUGGAUGACCUGAACGGAAAAGAGUUCAACGGUAAGCUCAUCUAUGUCGGCCGUGCCCAGAAGAAGGUUGAGCGGCAGACGGAGCUCAAGCGCAAAUUUGAGCAAAUGAAACAAGACCGCAUGACUCGCUACCAGGGUGUCAACUUGUACGUGAAGAACCUUGAUGAUGGGAUUGACGAUGAACGUCUAAGAAAGGAGUUCACGCCGUUCGGCACUAUAACCAGUGCCAAGGUCAUGAUGGAGGGCGGGCGCAGCAAAGGCUUCGGUUUUGUCUGCUUCUCGUCCCCGGAGGAGGCCACAAAAGCUGUGACGGAAAUGAACGGCCGCAUUGUGGCGACUAAGCCGCUGUACGUGGCCCUCGCCCAGCGGAAAGAGGAGCGCCAAGCCCACCUGACCAACCAGUACAUGCAGCGCAUGGCCAGUGUGCGGGCUGUGCCAAACCCAGUCAUCAAUCCCUACCAACCAGCCCCGCCCUCUGGCUACUUCAUGGCAGCCAUACCUCAGGCCCAGAACCGUGCUGCUUACUACCAAGCCGCUGGGCAGAUGGCCCAGCUCCGCCCGAGCCCCCGCUGGGCGACACAAGGCGUCAGGCCACAACACUUCCAGAACAUGCCAGGUGCAAUGCGUCCCUCGGCUCCGCGCCCUCAGACCUUCGGCGCAAUGCGGCCGCCCGCCCAGGUUCCCCGCAUGAUGUCCGCCCAGCGCGUCGCUCAGAGCAUGGGCCCGCGACCGGCUGCCGCCGCCACGGUAGCUCCUGUGCGUGGAGUCCCCCAGUACAAAUAUGCCGCUGGAGUCCGCAAUCCUCAGCAGCACAUGCCUGCUCAGCCGGUCCCCAUGCAGCAGCCUGCUGUCCAUGUUCAGGGACAGGAGCCUCUGACGGCCUCCAUGCUGGCAGCUGCUCCACCACAGGAACAGAAGCAGAUGCUGGGUGAACGCCUCUUUCCACUGAUCCAGAACAUGCACCCAAGUCUGACGGGGAAGAUCACUGGCAUGUUGCUGGAAAUUGACAACUCAGAGCUGCUCCACAUGCUGGAGUCCCCAGAGUCUCUCCGCUCAAAGGUGGAUGAGGCCGUGGCUGUGCUUCAAGCCCACCAAGCAAAGGAAACCGCCCAGAAGACUGUGACCAACUCGGCUGGUGUCCAGAGUGUCUGAUCCCAAGGAGUUGGGAACCUUGGAUCCAGCUUCACCGAUUUUAACAUUGAAAAAGAUAAAAAUUCAUGAAAACAAAGUAAAAAUAAGUCAAAUGAUAUAUAA